AAAGUAAAAGAAAAGGCCAAAGCCGUCGCCCCGAGGAGUCGCCAUCUCUUCCCUCAAUAUUUUUCCCUUCUCCCUGCGAGCUCCCGUCUCGGUGCUGGAGAUCGGAGGGAGCAGAAGAAAGAAAAAAGAAGUGAAGAAGCGCGAGGAAAAAGAGAGAGAGAUAAAACCCUCGAGAUCUCUAACCCUUUUCCCCUCCUGCUCUCGCUCUCGCUCUCGCUCUCUCCCUCGCUCUCACUCGAGUCUCGGCGGUAGAGAAAAAGAGAAACAGACCGCGUUGGUUUGCUUUGCUCUCUCUUCUCUCUGCUCAUCUCUUUUCCCGGCCCUCUCGUUUCGCAAUCAUUUCGUCGAGGCGGCGAACCCCACGCUCUCCCCAAUCCAAUCCCUUCCUCCCUCAGCAAGAUAUAUAGUUUAAAAGCAAGAAGAGAGGAAGAGGAGGCAAUCCAUCGUCGGUCAACGCUCUCGGGGCCCUUGUCGUAAUUUCUGGAAGAUCCGAGGGCGAGAUUCAGUUAAAAAAAAGAGAAUGGGAUCGUUCAGGGGUCACGUGCUGCCCGGGAGCCUAUUCCUGGCGGUGGGAUUGUGGCACAUCUGGAGCGCGGCGGUUCGGUACGUGUCGGACCCGGUGGCGUUUCGGGUCCGGGUGUGGAAUCCGGCGGAGCGGUGGUUCGGCGGGAAGGCGCGGCACCUGGAGCUCUACGUGGUCGCCGGCGGCGCCUUCGUCGACAUGUGCGUCGAGUUAUUGUAUUCGCCUCACUUCCACUACUUCGUAGGACCCGAGAAGAUACUGAAUCCGGCGCACAUGAACGACUUCGAGCAUGGUGGAAUGCUCCUCAUGUUCUUCCUCUUCGGCGCCAUCGCCCUCCUCUCCGAGAAAACCAGCUUCCUACCCAUGCCGCAUGGAGCGCUUUGCCUGAUAGCCGCAUCAGCCUUCAGCGCGGAGUAUCUACUGUUCUCCUUCCACUCCACCACCCACAAGGGACUGGAAGGCUACUAUCACCUCAUCCUUGUCAUCCUCGUCGCCCUUUGCAUUGCCGCCACGAUCGCUGGCGCUCUCUUCCCCACCAGUCUCGCUGUGGACCUUGGUAGCGGGGUUUCCAUCACUCUCCAGGGCCUGUGGUUCUACCAGACUGCUUUCACCCUCUACGGCCCCAUGAUGCCCCGGGGUUGCCUCCUCGACGACAACGGAAUCAAGUGCCACUCGCAUGACAGCCAGGUCCGCGCGGAGCUGCUUGCCAACUUCCACCUCUUCUCCCUUGUCUUUCUGAGCUUCCUCUAUGUUCUUGGAUGCUAUGCCAUCGCGGCGGCAUGGUAUGGCCACCCAGAUUUGAGGAAAUUGCAUGCCUCUGCUCUGGCGAGCCAAGAAGGUGAUGAGAAUGGUGAGGUAGAGGCUGCCGGUCGGUUCUUUCCAGAGAUGAUGGCUGCUCAGUGACAAGGAAAAGGAUCUGGAGUUCUUGAAGGCUUGUUGCGAAAAGAAGCAAACUGCACUUGAAUGAUAUUUGGAAGGAUUCAGCUGUGAUGGCAGUAGGAUGUUCAUCAUCAUAAAGAUUGCUGAGACAUAGUUUGUUGAGUAAUUAGGUCAAGCCAGGUCGUGUUAGAUGCUACUAGGAAGGAUAAGAGAAGCCCGUCUUUUGAGAUACAAAAGAAAUGAGGAACAAAAAGAAAAAGAAUCAAACACCAGGAUGGUUUCAAGUAAACUCUGAUAUUUUAAUACUCGAGGUUCCUUUUUUGUUGAGUUGAUGCAAUUGCAAUGGAACCAUGAUUACUGAGAGAGAGAUGAAGAGAAUGACAGCAAGCAACUGAAUUUUGAAGAGAGUUUUACGAUUCAGACAGUGUGAUCUUCUUGGCUUUGAAAAAAUAUAAUGUAAUUACUAAUAGCACAGAUUUAAAAACAUUGCUUGCUGUACGGUGACAGGAAAAGGUUCAUCUACCCUCUUCUAAGCUUGUUUUCUUGACAGUUCAAAUAUUUGAAAAGCUAUAUUUUGGCAGCCCAAAUGCCAGGAAGACUUUGUGGGUCGUGCGAGAAGCGUGAUGAGAUCUUUGUUUAACACGAAUCUCGAAGUCUGGAUCAGCAUAGGAUAAUUCUGAUUUAUGGAAAAUUCUAUUUCAUGGAUGGUAUGCAAGAAGUUGCUACUGCAGUGCUACCUACCUGUGAGCAGGGGAAGAUGGUGGAUGGUGCAUGACCUUAGGUGUUACGAUUCCUGAGGUAACAUCGUUGACGCAAUCUCAUAGGCAAAAACUUUCAUGCAGGUUGUAGGCUUGAAAUUUACAUUGUUCAUGUACCAUCAUCUACUCAAGCACAGGAUUCGGCUAAUAAAAAAAUUAUGACACCAUUGGGUGAAUAGGCUUUUGUAAGACAAAGUUGACCAUUCAAAAGCUUCAGGUUUUAUCUUUAAUGCGAGAUGAUUGAAUUUUUUUA